UGUGAGGAACAAUGCAAUGCAAUGCCAUGCCCAGUUUUGACGCUAUCAGUUCUCCUGAUCCCGAGUGUCGUGACUUAUAUUCCAUCAAUAAACUACACAUGGCUACAAUUCAAUGGUAAAUAUGAUGCGAUCGUCGGAAUAUCUGUGGAUGAUACACCAGUAUGCACCGGUAUAUUAGUCAAUAAAUAUUCAGUAAUAACUGCAGCGAACCCCAUUUAUAUACACGUGAAGUACUACAAUCCUAUAAUAAAAAAGUUGUACGUGCACGCGAUAGACGGUGCCUUCUUCAAGGCUGUGGUUCAUGAAGUCGAGAGAAUCACAUAUCAAUCGCGAAGGGGUAGUUUCUGGCGCCCAUUUGGCUUUGACAGUAAACACUCGCCAAUACACGACAUUGUUGUACUGAGCUUGCUCGUACCUAUGGAAACUUUUACCGAAGUCAUACUCUUGGAUCAUACGCAUCGUUUUGGGGGUUUUACGACUAUCAGAGAAAUUCCCUUCCCAAAACACGCAAGUCGUCAUUAUGGUAUGAGACCAGUAAUAGGGGUGAAAACCUUUGAACCACACGGCUGGUUCUCUAUAGCCGGACAUGGUUUCAUCGACAAGGCACAUGUGAGACAAAACAUUGAACUAGAAGUGGUUGAUUAUGAAGUGGGAAACGUACUAAUAGAUUGCGACGACUGGAUCCCGAGAGGUUGGGGGCAUUUCAUCUGUUUGCUGAACAUUGAAAAGUUCGUCGGUAUUACAGCGGGCAGCGCUUUAUUCUACAACCGAAGAUUCAUUGGCAUAGGAUCAUUUGCAGUGUUUAGGGGCAACGAAAGUAUAUUAUUAUUCACUGACUUAAGAAAAUAUCACGGUAUGAAAGGCUGGAGAGGUUAUAUUGACAUCUUGGAAGACCACACUGAGCUGAGCUUCAACCCUGAUGACGCGACACCGCGCUCCGAUUGGUACUACAUGCCGCAUCUUGCGAAAUUGGAGGGAAAACAUAAAAUAAAUACAAAGCCUUACCCCAAAUAUCAUAGGGGUUUCUAUUUCUAUCUAUGAUUAUAUUGUCUGAUAAACACACACAUCCCAUCCUCGACUAUUUAAACAAUUUAUACGUGUUAAUAAGAAAGAAUUAUAAAAUAUAUGUAAUAUUCACACAUUCGUAUGCCGUCAAUUUAAUUAGCCUUUUAAUUUCUAAUGUUAUAUAUGUUUGUGUAAUAAAGAAACUAAUCAAAGUAUUGCCAUU